UAAACAUAUAUGAAACAAGCAGAAAUUUAAGAUAUGAAUCAAGUGAUUCCACCAGCAAAAAAAAUUGUAGAUAAGGUGGAUUCUACGUGGUACGAACGCAAUGAGCGUCGGGGAGUGGUUACAGGACAAGCUUACUCAUAUGGGAUAAGGUAUCUUAUCACUGAUAAUGAUACAGUAGAAUUUGGUACGGCGUUGGAAAGGUGUGGUUGAAGUUACUUUUAGUCGAUGUAUUUUCUUCGCUAAUUUCAAUUGAUUAAUCUUUACGGUUCUAAAAUCUAUUUUACUUCAUUGUCUCUCAUGAUGAGAGAUUAAUGAUCUUAGAAGGAUUACAAAAAUAGAUUGCGCCAAGUUUUCGGAGAUAUCGUCAACAUUAAUUGACCAGUGAUUGAGACUGUUACAAAUUGAGAUGAAUUUUAUGAUACUCGUCGCGCUCUUAGGCGUACUUCUCGUGAAAGCCCAGGAGAAUGCACAGAGCAAAGUUUCUGAUGGACUUUUGGAGUGUUACAACAAUACUUCUGCGUUGUUGAAGCAGAAUAGACUACCUCAUAAUUUGCAUGCCUUCAUCGCGAUAAUUAGAAAGAUCGAGGAAAAUCCACAAGUUCAUAUGAACCGUCGUCAACUGUCAGUGGCACUGCUGCAUAGGUUUCGUCAGGAUGGAAUUGUAAUAGAUCCAAAAGCUGUUCCCCAGGAAGGAGUGACCCCCUAUGGAACAGAAGGAUUACAAUCUUUCAGAUACGCGGAACUAUUGAAGAUGAUCCCAGGAAAUGCUGUGACAUUCAAUAACAACAGUAUAACUUUGAUAGAAAGGUGCACCCUCCACUCAAUGGUCUCCAGCUCCAUUGACACAUUCCGCCGUGAGGAUGAGUCCUCUACCUGCCGCUUGGAAAAUCUCGACUACCGGCAGUCGCGCUUUAAAAAACGAAGCAUCCGUCCUCGUCGCCAGGUUCCAAAACUACACAACGAUGUAGAAACCUUCAACCCGGAGCAAAUUGAAACCAAGAAGAAGAUCAACAGUGAUGCCGACAUCUUCGCCCCAAACUCCUGGUAUCCCCCACUUCCCUCGAACCACCCGGACAGCGCUCGUCUCCAGAUAGAGACUAGCAAAUGUCCUUCAGAAUCGGGCGUUCUUCAAACCGAUUGGGGAGUGGUUUCUGGAGGGCCUCUCCUCGCAGGAAUAGCAGCGGCUCUGCAGCCUCAGAACGUGAGGAUUAGUGACUUGAUGAAACGAGACUGGGAGAACAAAGGCUCGCUCUCCUCUAGUGUUACCCUUGACAACAAAUGGCUAGCGACAUUAGCAGGUGACUUGGUAGAAAUUGCUCUACGUCAAGGGCCUAGCAAGGAUCCCUACAAAAUUGGAACCCCAGGACACUGGAACUCAUCCCACACUCCCAAAUACUACUUCCUCAAUACUGAUGAAGGUUUAGAGUUUACUGAAGCUGAAGUCCGAGGAGAUCUUGAUGGUCUUGUCUUGGCCUCAAACGUCGCCUCCUGGUACACAAAAUUUCCCAGUUUGAGACUGUCCCAGAUCUUUGACAUGUAUUAUAGUGAUCGAGGAGUCUUCAAUGACACGAUCAGGGCGUGCAAUCGCAGAAAUCUGCUCACCAUCGUUGCACCUAACGACACCACGAGUGCCCAAACUUACAGAGCGGCAAUGGUCCUCAAUUCGAAUACUAAAUUACCCAGAGGGACAGUCUCAGAUGAGAAAGUCGAAACAUUUUCAGUCCAAGCUGUCAAUGAACUGUUCAAGUUUAUUCCUUCGUCGAUGAAUAAUGACAAAACUUGCAGCCAGACGAAUCCAACUAAGAACUUAUUCCAUCGAAUUGCUGUGGACCUGACGAUCAUUUUAGACACCACUUGGCCAUUCAAAGAUAUCAAACCAAUUUUAGAUUCUCUCCUCGAGAAAUCUGAGAUAAACAGAUUUGCGAGUAAUUUCUCAUUGAUUAAUGCGGCUAAUGGAUCCUUAAUUUUCGAUAGUUCUCACAGUAUUCUGGACUUUUACGCAUUCAAUGAAAGUGAUUAUAAUGCGUUGACCCGGGGGUUCAAUCUACCGAUAUCGUUAGACGUAAUAAAAAGUUUAGAGACAAGAAAAUUGAAUGCUGAAAGAGAGAAAAAUGUGGGAGGUGGACGGGCUGAAGUAGUGCUAGUUGUUCCUUGGAGUCGCUCCUCGCUUUCCGACGUAAAUAAGGAGUAUUCGUUGAACAAAAUUUGGGAGAUGAGAGAGGAAACUCCAGAUGUUAAUAUUUUAUUUAUGACUGCUGGAUCUAAGGAAAGAUGGACGGAUCUGGUGAGGGAGGGCCAGGAUAUCGUCUCCGUGGGAACUGGAAGUUGGAAAGAGUCUGUUGGACCGGUUGAGGAACUUGUAAGUCGGAUGAAGAGAAUCCCGAAACGUUUGAUCAACUCGCAAUGUGGAUGGGAUUACUCUUCUGGCGGGGGAUCAGCCUCGUUUGAAGAUUAUUUGGAACCGUCUGGGGUGCAGUUUUAUAGACUACAUCCUAAUUAUUUCUACAAAACUGAUGAGGACGAUACACCGACUGUGAAGGUCCAUGGGGUGAGUGGCAUGAGCCUGACCAUCUGCUCCUCGAGGAAUCCUUUGAAUAUCAAUGCCAGUGAAUCUACAGACUGUAGUACUAUCAAUGGAGGUAGUCGAAGUAUUUCUGUCAAUUGCGUGGGGACAGAAUACAUUCAUAAAUGCAAACCACUUUAUCUGUCGAUUACCAUUGAGAAUAAAACGCAUGAAGAAUCUUAUCAGUGCACAGAUGCCGAAAACUGCCGAUUUCCUGACAUGAUAAAAUUUUCUUUUUCCUACGAAAAACUGGUCUGUACCAGUGGUACUUCCGCGAUAAUAUUUUCUCCUAUUUUGAUUUUAUUAUUAACAGUUUCAUUUCUUCGGAUUGCUUAAAUUUUCUUAUUCAAUAGUAACGUACUCCAAUAUUUAUGCCUCCAAUCAAAUGUUUGACCCAUCGAUUUCAUAUAUUUUCUUUUUUGUAACGAUUUGUAAACCUAAGUCAUUUACCAUUAUCAUACCUGCUGAUUCAUUUACAUCUAUUUGUACUGAAAUGAUAAGAAUCAUUUGUCAUCCAUCACAAUGAAUAAAUGAUUGUUUACCAAUGGAA